UGCUUUGGUUCGGCAGCGGGAAGGCGGCGGCGCGACAUCAUCCGUAAAAGCAAUAAGCGCGAUCAGUUAGAUCUGUGGGGAAGCCGGAAGCCCUGCCCAUCGAUGCUGUCAUACUCGUCCGACGAAUGCAUCGUAGAGCCCAAAGGUAGGGCGAUUUUCCCGCACACAUGCAUCCUUAUCUUCUGCCCUUAAGCGACCCAAUCCGGAAAUAACGCGCCGGCAGUCGAGAGCCUUUAGCGAAUCUACGGAAGCAGCAUAUAAACAUCGUCUAUGCAGCUAGCCCGCUUCCGCCGUGGAGUUGCGAAGCGUUCCUGGCCCAGGCAUGCGACAUCCCACUGAGGAUGUUUCCUGGCGGCGGAGAUGCUUGAUGCACAGUCGGCAAACCGCCCGUGGAGAAGGCACUACAAGUAUUUCCCUAUCGCUCGAGAUGAAGGCCGUGAACGUUGCUGAUGCAGUGAGUCGCCAUGGUCUGAUGAUUUCGUGUCACGGUGGGUUCUCUCGCAGCAUCGUCAGCCGUUGUUCUUCCCGCGCUCGCCUCCUAGACUGCGUCUCUUUUCCUCAUGUCGUCUCUCUCGUGUUUGCUUUCUUCUGUAGGCAUCGAGAACCGCCAAGCAGGUUCUCUGCAGCAGGAAUCCAACCUUCGCCUACAGAUGCGUCGACGUCGCGCUGGCCGCGCUCGGCGCUCCGCGGAAGCAUCUGGGCACGAACAAAGAACGGCGACGCUCACGUUGUCCACGGAGAACUCGAACACAGGCGGUUGUUGGGAUUCGAUGGGUCAGAGCGAUCGGAUAAAAGUCAGAGAUAAGAGAAGAGUACAUGUGUGGAACGAUUGUGGUUCUUGCACGGAGGAACUAGGACUCCGCGUCGUUGCUUCUCCGCGGGAACGCACGAUGGCGCGGCGCUUGCCGAGACAAACCCGAGCUAACGUCGCUGCAGCGGUACCGAGAGCAGAAAUCAGAAU